GUACAUAUACCAAAAAAAUAAAUGACAGCAAACAAAUACGAGCGCAAGACAAAGGCACACUGACGCGGUCUAACAAAACAGAAAAGGAAGUCAUGGUACUGUUGAAAGGACGUUGUAUCUUAAAAAGAAGGUGCGUGCUCUAUCGACUACGUGUGCGCCGAGUAGUUGGGAGCAGAAAGGGGCCGUACCGUCUCACGUGCCAACCGAUCUCUCGGCACGUGACGGCAGGUAGUUAGGCAAGCUCUGAACGGUAGAUACUAACGCAACCAACCUCGAUAGGUGCUUCGAGUGGUCGGUACACAGACCAGACCACCCCGCCUUUCGGCUCGGCUCGAAAGCCGGCUGUUGAUGGGAGUCAAACGGUCUUCAGCUACUCGUCGCGGUCAAUUCUAGAGAGAGAGAGAGAGAGAAUAUGUGGGGUAUAGAGAGAGAAAUUAAAGAAAGGAAACGGUUCAAGUCAAAAGAAAGUUUGGAUGCUUGCCCUUCCAAACUACCAAUCUUUUUUUUUUUUGGUACCUACUCAAUAUAUGUCAAUGUGAAUUGACGUAAACGCCCUUUAACGCUAUCGAUCCAGGUCUUUUUUUUUUUUUUUUUUAAGGGAGGUAUAAGGUGCUUUGUUUCUGGAUUCAGCGCGGCCGAUGAUCGACUAGAGAAAGAAGAAGAAACAACAAAUUUGUAGCCUCGGUCCGACCGUUGUUGCAUGAAGGUGGUAGAUAUGAGCAUGGGGAGGUGGAUGUGGUGCAAUCCACAUUGGGGGAACUGGUGAUAACUAGUCCUUGUUCAAAAAGUUGUAAAAAUGAAGAGAAAUUAAGGCUUCUAGCCCUUGUUUUGCCUCCUGAGCAUGGUUGAUUUGGUCGAUCAUCAGCUGGUGCAACGUUCAAGAUGAUGGACCAUUGAAGAAUGCAGAUUGAAACAGCUGCAGUUCUUUCCUAUCCAUUCAAGGUAAUGUAUGCAGUAGCAGUCUGACAUAUGCGUGCUUCUGGUCAUAAUCCAUGAAGGGAAAGGUGAGAGUUUAAUUUGCAGCAAGUUGCAGAACAAUAUAAGCAAAAUCUGCCGCAUGCACUGCACCAUAUUUGAGCAAUGACGGGGUCCAUGUCCGUCACUGAUACCUAAAUUGAUCGUAACAUAGAGUUCCCUUUGUUAGGUUUCCUUUUUAGCCAUUAUUAAAGAACAGUUGCAGGUUUCUUCUCCUUCUUCUGCAUGAUAUUAUGGGUAGCUAGAAAAUAGACGUACUUUCGGCCAUUAUUUGGUAGAGAACAUGUAAGUUACUGAAAAUUUAGUGCCAACAGAAAAUCAAUAUCUUGGUUUUCGUAAAAGCUUGCAAUAAUGCAUUCAAGUUUUUCAUCAAUCCAAAGCAUGCACGCAAAAAGGUGCGGUUUUCUAAAUUUUCAGAAGACAUUUUCGAAAGCAUUAAAAAGCGGGUUGAAGUACAUACUUGGACAAUCCAAGCAGUAACAACUGCAAAAUCAAGUGCUUAAAAUACAUACAUCUAUGAAAUUAAAUUUCAAUAAAGUGAAAACUCUCUAGGGGCCAAGAAUAUAUGGUUGUUUCUAAAUUUUACACUUAUUAUAUAUCCCAAUCAAACUCUUAACGAAUCCAACUGCUUGAAAUGGCUACUAUGAUAAUCACAAAUUGAUGUUGCACCUGGUUGAAAGAAUCAUAUUAAUAGAGAGAGAGAGAGAGAGAUGAUCAAUUUCAUUCUAACAACUCAGACGAUUUUUUGUAUAUUACUUUUGAUUUCUCCACGUUGGGAUGUUCAUUCUUUUGUCAAGAUGUAAAAUGGAUUGUGGGCAUCGCUUGCUCUCUCUCUCUCUCUCUCUCUCUCUCUCUCACACACACACACACACAAGCACGCACGCCCACAUACGUAUGUAGUACACGUACAUAUAAUGACUGUAUGUAUUGACCAUGAGUUGUUUAAUCAACUUGAUUGAUGACUUAAAAGGUGUUAAGUAUGAUGCUAUUUGUUUCAAAAUGGAAAUAGUAACUGUCAUCCACUUCUUUUAACAUGUAAUGCUAAAUCAUGGCUUGAAUUGAUUGUACAUAAGAUUACUCAUAUUAAUUUAGUGUAUAGACGCACACAAAGUGCUUUCUUACUUAGUAUCCACUGUGACUAUUCUCUCUCUCUCUCUAGUUUAAUUUCAUUUUAACCACUCAAUUCCAAUUCCAAGCAAGUCAGACAAUUUAGUGAUUUUCACCACAUUUGAAUGGUUAAUGUUGAAAAUUGAAUAGGAAAAAUAGAAGAGAAUCAAGAUGUACAAUAGGUUGUCAAUAUCAUAAAGACAUGCCAAUAUCAUAGAGACACUCAUACUACUCAUUGGUAUUGUUUGACAUUGGCAACAGUUACACAGUGUUUCAUGAAACUGGUCUAAUAUUUGGAGUGGAUAUAUGAAAUAGUAUGUUGUUGUUUCUAUUGUCAAAGGACCCCCUUUUUCACGCCACCCCAUUUAGUCAUGUUGGUUUCACAUACCUAGAGGGCUAUUGUUUCUAUGUUCUCUUUUUUUGCCUUCUCUCUUUCUUGGUUUGCACUUAUGCAUGUGUUUAGUUUUACUCCUCCCCUCUCUCUCUCUCAAGGUUUUUCACUUUUUGCUCCUGGUUACUUAGGCAUGCUCUUCAGACACAUUUGCUGUUAUUCACCUUGCCUUCCAUCUCGGGGAGUACCUUGUUCUCGUUGUUGACCCUCUCUCUCUCUCUCUCUCUCUCUCUCUAUAUAUAUAUAUAUAUAUAUAUAUAUAUAUAUAUAUAUAUGCCUUCUUACUCUUCAAUUUGUUUCUUUCUUUUUGUACUCUUAAUUUUUUUUCUCAUUUUAUAUGAUUUGUGAUAUCUUGUCACCUUGCUUUUUUCAUUUGAAUUUUCAUUUCUAUAAGUUAUUUCUCUCUCUCUCUGCCCGAGGGGGCAUAGCUCAAACGGGCGGACUAGAGAUGUGUGUGUUGUGCAUUACUAGUUUGACCUGCAGGAGUAUAUGUUUCUGAACCAAAAAAGGGGUGGGCUCUAUGUGCAUGUUGAAGCAUGGAGCAGUUCCACUGCCUAGUACCGACACAAUUGUGGACCUUAAGGAGCAUGCGGAAAAGGGGAAGGGGGCUUCGGCUCUCGUUUGGUUGAUAGAAUAACCUCCCGCUCACCCCUAUAAAAAAUUUCUCCCUCUCUCCCUACAACAAUAUGGAUAUAUGAUACUUGAUGCCAGAUGACACAAGUUGGCUUCACUAUAUAAAUGUAUUGCUAAAGCAUGUGUACCAUAAAGACAUGAAAUUAAUUACAAGCGCGAAUUACUAGCCACCCAAUCAAUAUGUUAAAUGCCUUACGAUUUGUCAUAUGUAGAUUUUACAACUUUAAAACAGUAUUGGUUAUAUUAUUAUCUACCUUUCUUGAAAAGCUGAUAUACCAACAUGUCAACUCUUGUAAGCAGUUAUCUAUCUUUCGUUUCAGAAUCUUUUUUACUUUCUCUUUUCUCUCUCACUAGUUCACAUAUUUUUCCUCUGUUCUUCUCAUAUUGUUUUCUAUUGUUUCUUCUUGCUCUCUAUAGUGGUACUACCCAUCCUAGGAUUAGUGGAUCUCAAAGAUGGAAUUAGGGAACUUCAAAAACCAGUUUUGAAUUGAAAUUGAUUUAACUCAUAUAUAUGUAUUAUGUAAACUGUUAAUAACUCUUCCGAUCAAAUUGAUUGGUGAUUCACAAAGUGUUACGUACAAAAGUUCACCUUUUCAAAAAUAGUUGUAAGCUAGCUAGUAUUCACCUUUUUCAAAAACUAUAAAAAUACUUUCAAACAGUCAAUCAUGUUAAUCAAACAACUAAUAUUAGCCUACAUUACAUGUGUGUGUGUGUGUGUGUGUGUGUGUGUGUGUGAGAGAGAGAGAGAGAGAGAGAGAGAGAGAGAGAGAGGGAGAUCAUCUUGAAAUUAAAUUGCAUCACCAUUGAAAUUGGUGUUUGAAUAGCCUAAUUUACCAUAUCUACACAUCCUUAACUAGAAAUUAUAGUCAUUGAUGAGCCUUUUUUUUUUAAUGAACUCUUAUCUCAUAUAUUCGCCUCUGGAUCAUGACAAAUAUGAGUAUUCAAGUUCAAGACCAACUACCAGGAAGAGUUAAAUCUAAUUAUAACAACAGUGCAUAAAGAAAGACAAGAUCAGCUCAUAAUCAUAUUAUUAAAGCAGUCUUUUUUAAAAAUAUAAUUGUUAACUAAAGAUUAAAAGCUUUCCAAUAUAUUUAUGCCUUUUUCGACCACUACAUAUAAGAAAUUUAACUUUGUCUCCAUGGGGAGAUGAAUAUUUGGGCCUUUGCACACUAAAGAAAUAAGGUGAAAAUUGAUGACUCAAUUGUACUACUAUAACUUACCGUUCAUGAAAAGUUUAACACGUUCUCCAUAGAAUGAGAUAACUAGAUAAUAAUAUGAAACACAUACACUGAUUUAAACCAAAAUAAAAUACAAAUCCUGUACUGGCACAAUUUCAUUAAGGACCUAACAGGGUGCUAUUAUCUUACUCUGUGCAUUCAUCCCUCUUCUCAUCGACAGAGAAAGACUUUUAUUUCUUCUUUAAUAUGGUUUUCUUUGUCAUUUGACACCGAAUGGAUAGAGAAAUGCAGGCAUAAGCAAAGUGAUCCCAAGAUUGAUGUCAAGAACAAGGUUAUGAAGGGAUCAGAACAAGGUGGCAUUCUGGUGAACUAUAAUGCGGUAGUUAUGAGAUGACAUCAUAAGAGUUUGAGAAAAAAAAUGCAUGGAUCUUUUUUAAACAUGAUUCAUUAAGUUCCCUUUGAUCAAGUCAGCAGACUCCUGUAUUACCACAUAUAGCUUUUACAAAAGCCACAAUAUUCUGGUUUACAUGUGGGUUUUGGUGGUACAAAAUGUUGUCCAACACUAACUACCGAUCUCUUUAAUGGAUUCAAAUUUGAAGACAAACAGCUGUGCCAAACAAUGGUCGAAUCCAAUAACUCUUUAUUUUAUUGGUUAAGCAAUAUUCUGCAACACAGCUAACAUUCAAUGACAUUUUUGUGUCGUCAAGAGACUUGCUAAACAGUCGCAUGCAUGCAUGGUCAUUAGUUAGUCAAAAUAUUGUAUGCUUUCAUUUUGAAUUACCAACGGCGGAGCUAGAAAUUUCUGACUAAGGAGCACAGAAAGUUAUGGAAGCAUCAAUAUAUAACUAUGGAAAAACAUGUGCCCCUGCUGCUGGUUGGAACAAAUUAAUCUAAUUAAAUUUUGGUAUUAUCCCAUUGGAAUAAGGUUUAUAUAGUUGUUCUUUACCUCUUUGAAAGACAACUAAGAAACAAAAACCACCAGCACAUUCUACAACAGAUCAAGUUAGGAAGUAGCCAGAUUCAUCUAAUUGUUCAGUUCCAUCAAAAAAUAACACGAGAAUAUUUACUGCGGAGAAACUAUAUACAACAAGGAGGACAUAUGUAUGUGCGUGCGUGUUGUGUGUGUGUGUGUGUGUGAGAGAGAGAGAGAGAGAUAACUAUAACAACGCGUACCAAUUACUCACUUUUUAGCUGGCUAUUGUCCCCCAAAAAGAAUACUACAAAGCAUGACAUUAUAAUAUACGACGAGUACGUAAGACUCGUCAAUGUAAGACCUAAUGGUCAUUGCAUGUAUGUUCGAAUACGUGUCCUUGGGCAUGCAUCGCACCUUAAGUCAAAUUUUUAAACUUGGUUCUAGUACUAACUGCAACAACCAAGUCCAAAUCUAACUUCGAGCCUGUUUUAACUCAUUCAAAUCCGUCCCAUAUUUGUCUAGCUUCAGUUCAAUUAGUAGUAAGAAAUAUAAGUGUGUAGAACAAGCCCAUGAAUUCUCUCGAGAUCUUAAACAUAGAACGAUCAAGUCUUGACCCUUUUUAGUAACUCUACCUAGCCCCCACAAAAUGGUUCUAUUAUAACAAGUACUUUUAUUCAAUUUAAGUUGAUAACGUGCAUGUAUCAUGCUAGUAGUGGUAGAAGACGAAGCCAGAUUAGCUCCUUGUAUUUGGUUUUACUUAUUCUCAAGAAUUCUAUGUUUAAAAUUAUGUAACUAUUCGUUUCGCUAAAUCAUAUAUAUAUAUAUAUAUAUUGGAUGGUGAUUCUAACUUUUUAAAAUUACUCAACCAUCUAGUCAGGAUUAUUUGAUUUAGCUUGAUGGAUGAUUAAGAAAAGAAAAAAGAAAAAAAUGAUGAAUUCAAUAUAGUGCGUACAUUUUCUUUUUUUUCUUUCAAUUGUCCACAUAAGAUCGACUGGUUUGGUCAUCGUAUUAUAUUUAUAAAAAAGAGAAGAAAGAUGUGCCGACUAAAAUGGAAAUUGGUAACAAAAGAAAGAGAAAAAUGUGGGCGCAUGACGUAAGUGAGUGAAGGGCGGCUGCGUGACUGAAUGAAUGGUCGCGUUUGGGGCCCUAGCCGCGCUGAAAGGAGAGCCGAGCCACGGAAGAGGGAGAAGAAAACGAGAAAGGGAAGAAGGGAAAGGAAAGUACGCAUUUAGGUGGGGCAGCCUGCAGGGUGUGCAAGCAGAGUUAGAUCUCCCACGCGCUUCCCUCAUAUUUUGUGCAGCAGCCCCUUACUAUGUGGGGGUUGGCCGGCUGCUAACUCCAACUUGUGGGUAUAAAAUACACUCCACUGUGGGGGAUCUGCCUCGUGCUUCCUCUCUCUCUCCCUGUCUCUCCCUCUAUAAAAUACAGUCGACUGUGAGGGAUUUGGCUCGUGCUCUCUCUCUCUCUCUCUCUCUGUCUCCCCACCUCAAUUUUGAAGCUUGAAUUGCCGUUGCCCUCUCUCUCUGGUAGAAAAAAUGGUGAAGCCUGAGAGCCACAGCAAGAAAAAUGUGAACAAGGGGGCUUGGACAACAGAGGAAGACAGAAGGCUAUCAGAGUGCAUAAAAGUUCAUGGGGACAAGAAGUGGAGAUCCAUCCCUGCUAGAGCAGGUCUCAACAGAUGUGGAAAGAGUUGCAGAUUGAGGUGGCUGAAUUAUUUGAGACCAGACAUUAAGAGAGGGAACAUAUCAGAAGACGAGGAGGAUUUGAUCAUGAGGCUUCACAAUCUUCUGGGCAACAGAUGGUCACUGAUAGCCGGGAGGCUGCCGGGCCGAACAGAUAACGAAAUAAAAAACUACUGGAAUACUCAUUUGAGCAAAAAAUCGCUCUCAAUGAGUGAACUGAACCACAAAAUCAACGGCAAAGUCAAGAGAUCAAGCCAGAAGCCACUGCCACCAUCGAUCACCUGCCCCGUCUCCUCCACACCAGAGUUCACCAGCGAGAAGGCUGUCAUGGAGAAUGAGAGAGCCUCGAGCGACCUGCUAGAGAAAGAGCCCCAGGUAGAUCUCGACAUCGACAUCGACCGGUUUUUCGACUUCCCCAACUUCGGAUCUGUGGAAACAGAGCAGGUCCCCAGCAAUCACAUGGCUGAUGAUCAGAACCAAGUCGAUCAGGUGCCAAUUGAAGCAGUCAGCUUCAGUGAGCUGCUGAGGCGUGAGUUGGAGGAUGGCCCUAUGGUGGACUUGAACUGCUACGACGAGUCUAACUUCGAACAGCUUGAGUUGGAGAUGUUGAGCAGAUUUCUGGACUCUGAUAUGGAUUUCACUAACCAAGCAGGGGAUCUGUCUUCCUCUUGAAAAAAUAUGUGUCAAUUACCUUCUUCAAUAAUGAAUGUUGGUACUGUGGAUCUGUACAUCAAAUGGUUUCUUGCAUCCAGAUAUAUAAAUAAAAAAGGAAUUGUUCAACUGAGUUA